UAUAUAUAAAAGUUGGAUAGAAAAGAACAGAGCCAUGACUUUUAGUUAGUUUUUCCUCUCUCUCUCUCUCUCUCUCUCUUUCUAUUAAGAAAGCUCAAAUACAGAGUUUUUGUCUUCUGUAACUCUCUAUCUAGAUACUUCUUUCUCUCUUUCUUUCUGGAGAUUUAUGUAAUAAAGAUCGAGGAACAAGAAGAAGUUGGGAAAGUUUUCGUUUUAUUUUGUUAAGCUAAAGCUGAAAUGUUUUAUUUUUUUUUCUGGGGGGUUUCAAAUUUGGACUGUUUGAUCGGAUUUUAAGUUUUGGGAAUCGUAGUUAAUACUUUUCAGUUCUUCGUGGGUUUUUGUGUUCUUCUUUUUUUUUAAAAAAAAAAAAAAAUAAUCGUGGAACUGAAAAAGGUUGUAUUUUUAUUUUUACAGUCUUGGGUUUAAUCAUUGUGUUUAUGGGGUAAUGUGAAUUUUAGUCAGACCCAUUUUAGAGAGCUGGUAGGUCUUUCCAAAAAAAAAAAAAGCUGAAUUGACUGGUAGAUAAGAGAAAAAGACUGAGAUAGUUGGAGUUGGGACGGAACCCUAAAAAGAAAAAGAAAAAUAAUAAAAAUGAAAGCUUUGCUCUCAAAAAGCUUCUUUGGAAUUUUUGAGAUAAAUGCUCUCUGGAUUUUCUUCUAUUUUGUCUAGUAGUACUCUUCAGUAGAUUGUUUCAGAAGAAACCCUAAAAAUAAAGGAUAAGAUUAAAAAAGAAAAAAAGAGUGUUUUUGUUAAAGAAUUGGUUAUGGCGACCGAGUUAGAAAAUUCCUCUACGGUUUCCGGCGAAGCAAGUGUUUCUUCUUCUGGGAAUCAUACUGUGGUUCCUCCUCCUGCUCCUCCUAAAUCUACUGCUAAGAAAAAGCGAAACCUACCCGGAAUGCCAGAUCCAGAUGCAGAGGUAAUUGCUCUGUCUCCGAAGACCCUUAUGGCUACAAAUCGAUUCAUUUGUGAAAUUUGCAAUAAAGGGUUUCAGAGAGAUCAGAAUCUGCAACUCCAUAGAAGAGGUCAUAAUCUUCCAUGGAAGCUUAGACAGAGGACUAGUAAGGAAGUGAAGAAGAGGGUUUACGUGUGCCCUGAAGCUUCUUGUGUCCACCAUGAUCCGUCUAGAGCUUUGGGUGAUCUUACCGGAAUCAAGAAACAUUUUUGCCGGAAACACGGCGAGAAGAAGUGGAAAUGCGAUAAGUGUUCGAAGAAAUACGCUGUUCAGUCUGAUUGGAAAGCCCAUUCCAAGAUUUGUGGUACCAGAGAGUACAAAUGCGAUUGUGGAACCUUAUUUUCAAGGAGAGAUAGCUUUAUUACUCAUAGAGCGUUCUGUGAUGCUUUGGCUGAAGAAAGCGCAAAAACCCAUACUCCGGCUCCAGCUCAGGCUCCGGCUCCGGCUCCGGCUCCGGCUCAGGCUGCAAAGGCUCCUCAAAAGAAGGAUCAAACUCAAUUAGCUGAAAAUAUGAAUAUGGAAUCGGAAUCGAAAGCUCAGCUGGUGAAGUCCUCACCGCCACCAGCACCAGCACCGGCUCCGGCUCUGGCGCCGGCUCCAGCACCAUCGGCGGCUCAAGCUUCGGCUUCUGUCCCAUCUGGUCCUCCUCAGUCAACUGGUGUAAUACCAUCUUCCACUAGGCCAAUUCAAACACCAACAGAGUUGCCGGAAAAUCCUCCACCACGCACUUUGGAAGAAGCCACCGCCACAGCCACCGCCCCAUCUGCCGGAACAGGCUUAAAUGGGAGCUCGAGUAGUAGCGCCACUAGUUCAAGCAGCAAUGGCAGUACAAGUAGUAGUGUAUUCGCAAGUUUAUUCGCUUCCUCAACUACUUCAGCGAGCUUACAAGCUACUACUCAAUCUCAUGGAUUUACUGAUCUAAUCCGUGGCAUGGGGCGCCCGGAUUGCCCUGCUGAUCUCGCACCAACUUCCUCCAUGGAAUUACCGAUUUCUCUUGGACUCUCAACGAGCCACGGAUCUUCCAUAUUUGGUACAGCCGGGCAAGAGCGCAGGCAGUAUGCACCACCACCACAGCCUGCUAUGUCUGCCACUGCACUCCUUCAGAAAGCUGCUCAAAUGGGCGCUGCAGCAACAAAUGCCUCAUUGCUUCGGGGUUUAGGGAUCGUAUCGUCUUCAUCAUCAUCCGGGCAUCAAGAGAAUUUGCAAUGGCCUCAGAGGCAAGUGGAACAAGAUAGUAAUUCGGUUCCCGGACUUGGUCUUGGUCUUCCUUGUGAUGGAAAUUCGGGUUUGAAGGAACUAAUGAUGGGAACUCCUUCAAUGUUUGGUCCUAAGCAAACAACACUUGAUUUUCUAGGACUUGGAAUGGCUGCCGGGGGUACCCAAAAUGGCGGUUUAUCAGCAUUGAUUACUUCAAUUGGCGGCGGUUUAGAUGUAGCCACCGCGGCAGCUUCGUUUGGAGGUGGAGAAUAUAGUGGCAAAGACAUUGGAAGGAGUUCAUGAUGAGAAAAAAGAAAAAAAAAAAGAAAAGAGAAGGCUUUAAAGGGUUCUUUCUAGUUAAUCAAAAUUAGUAAGAUAUAAUUUUACAUGUAAAAAGUAAAAAGAAAGGGGAAAAAUUACCCAUGAAUGAUGAAGGUCCACAAUCACUUGAGGUCUUUCUUUUCUUUGUUCUACUCUUGCCUUGUGAUGACUUGGACCAAGACUUUUGGUGGUGGUGGCUUGACUUUUUAUGAAGGAAAGAAAAAAGAGCUAAAAGGAAGAAACAGAGAGACUCCCCUGUGAUUUUUUUAGGGGCUAUUUGUUCCUUUAGCUUAAAAAAAAUAGAAGACAUAGCCACUUGGAUAUGUUUUUGUUGUGAACUUGGUGAACUAAAUAUGUAAACAAGUUUCAACUACUCUGCCUUACAUUUUUUAUGGUUCUUUUUUCUAUUGGGUUUAUUAUUUUCAUUGUGGCAAAAAAAAAAAUGUUGUAGAGGCAAAGGAGGUGAAGGUGGAUGAAUAUGUUGGUAAUUUUGUAAAUAACUUUAAAUCUCUUUGUAAUUAUCAUAAUGUUUUCAUUUGAUCAAAAA